AUGAGACUUCAAUGGGCCGGGCUCCUCCUCGGGGCUUCCAUUGGGGGAGUCAAUGGUAUGGCCGAAUACAUGCACGAAGCUAUGAGAGGAGAGCGUGUUUCUGGCUAUGGCAAAUCUGACAACCCCUCCUUCGUACCGGAAUUCAAAGAUGAAUCUCGUCCGUAUCAAGGCCAUCGAAUCCCCCGUCAAGACUGGACCUUGACAUGCAGCAGCUCCGCUCGUGGCUUCCCUUGCAAAAAUGCCAUCGACGGCAAGAGCGCUACUGCCUGGCGCAGUGACCCUUCCGACAAGGGACACACUUUCAUUGUUGAUCUUGGAGCUUGGUACCAAGUGGGUGCCGUCGUUGUCCUUCCUCCAACUGAUACAGAUACGGAAGGCCUCAUUACCCAACACAAGAUCUGGGCCAGCGAAGAUCAUGAAACCUGGAAGGGGCCUGUCGCAUAUGGAAUGUGGCCAGAGUCAAACAGACAGAGAAUGUCUGCGUUCGAGCCAUCAUCUACCCGAUACUUGAGAAUCACAACCGAAGCCGAUGAGAAAAAUCCCUGGAUCGGUAUCGCCGAACUGAACAUUUAUGGAACGUUGUACACCAUUCCUCGUGACCCUGCUCUCGGUGUCUGGGGGCCAACUCUUGACUUCCCUAUUGUGCCUGUCUCUGGUGCUCAGGAGGGAUCUGGCAUGCUUGCCCUUUGGUCCUCGUGGGCUGAUGAUCAAUUCCACUCGACGCCUGGAGGCAAGACAGUUAUGACCCGAUGGAACCCAUUGACUGGCGAGGUCUCUAAGCGCACUGUCAGCAACACCCACCAUGACAUGUUCUGCCCCGGCAUUUCUUAUGACGGCACUGGCAUGAUGGUUGUGACCGGUGGAAAUGACGCCUCGGAGACUAGUCUCUACGAUUCUGUCAAUGACGAGUGGGUCCGCGCAACCGAAAUGAAGCUCCGUCGUGGAUACCAGGCGUCUACAACUCUCUCCGAUGGACGUGUGUUCGUCAUUGGAGGUUCAUGGGCUGGAGCUUCAAACGUUGACAAGGAUGCCGAAGUCUACGACCCUGCUACCCGAAACUGGACCAUGCUUCCUGAAGCAAAGGUCAGCAAUAUGUUGACUGAGGAUAUGGAAGGUCCUUGGCGAGCGGACAACCAUGGCUGGCUCUUCGGCUGGAAGGAUCUGAGUAUCUUCCAAGCCGGGCCUAGCAAGCAGAUGAACUGGUACUCUGCUCAUGGCAAUGGAAGUGUUGUAGCGGCGGGACGUCGUAUGGAUGACGAGGAUUCCAUGUCCGGUAAUGCAAUCAUGUUUGAUGCCGUGAAGGGAAAGAUCCUCACGCUCGGUGGCUCCCCUGACUAUGAUAAAUCGUGGUCCACCAACGCCGCCCAUAUUAUCACGAUCGGUGAACCGGGUCAGAAGCCUAAGGUUCAACCAGCCGGAGGAGGCACUAUGCACCAUGAGCGUGUGUUUCACACUACGGUCGUUCUCCCCGAUGGAAAAGUCGCCAUCUUCGGCGGCCAGCAGUUUGGAAUUGCCUUUAACGAGGAAAAUGUCCAAUUUGUUCCUGAAAUCUAUGACCCUGAAACCGAUACUUUCACAAAGUUGCAGCAGAACAAUGUUGUGCGAGUUUACCAUACCGUGUCAAUCCUCCUCCCAGACGCUCGGGUAUUGAAUGCAGGCGGUGGCCUCUGUGGAAAUUGCACAGCCAACCACUAUGAUGGCCAGAUCUUUACCCCUCCCUACCUCCUUACUCCUUCAGGCCAGCCCCGCCCCCGUCCUGAGAUCAUCUCAGGCCUGCAAGACCAUGCCGUGGUGGGUAGCACCCUGAGAUUCAGAACCUCCGGCCCUAUCUCGACAGCUUCCCUGAUCCGUCUGGGCACUGCCACCCACACUGUCAACACUGAUCAACGCCGCAUUCCACUUGAUGUUACUGCUACAACAUUCUUCGGGAAUACAUGGAAGACUACCCUGCCAAAGGAUUCGGGUAUUCUGAUUCCUGGAUACUGGAUGCUGUUUGUUAUGGACCGGGAUGGUGUGCCUAGUAUCGCCAAGAUCAUGAUGAUUGGCUUAGACAACAGACAGACUAUCCAGCCUGCAGAGGAGCAGUCAAGCGCGAUAGAUGAACAAAAAUGUGAGCAUUAA